CUAGCGGAAGUCUACGGCAACCCAAGCGGCUACUUCACUCCAGCCGAAUGCGAGGAGUUAAUCGUGCUGGCAGAGUCCACAGGCCAGUGGAUUCCCACCGCCAAAAGUGUGCAGGUCUGGGAUGUUAUGUGGAUCCUGCAUCGUGAUGCAGAGGCAGCCGGGAUGGUGUUCGGGCGUGUGGGGUAUUUUUGGGCGAGGUUGGGUGACUAGGAAAGGAGUUGGAGAAUAUGACUGGGAAGAAGGGCGGCGGAAGUGGGGAGAAGGAGGAGUGAGAGUUGGCGAUGUAUGUUUGCACUCUUUUUUAUAACACGUUUGGGAAUUUAGUUGUGGUCGCCAGAAGCCGGUGUCCGGUAGUAAAUAGGUUGAAUGAAAUGUUGAGGUUCUUGAAAUACGGGGAAGGACAACACUUUGGUCCUCGUUGUGACGCUGCGUAUAGUGGCAAUGGUGAGGGGGUGAGGCAGAAGUCGUUCUUAACGAUGGAUUUGUAUCUUACUGAUAUUGUGUCUUUGAGAUUGAGCGGGGGGUCGACAAGAUUCUGGAGCCCUGAUAGGGCUAAGCUUAUGAAUAUUGGAGCGAAACGCGGAAGGGUUUUGAUAUUUCAAUAGAGGGUGUUGUGGCGCAGUGGAAAGCUAGUCGCUGGAGGGACAAAGAUUGCUAUGAGGAGUGAAAUGAUA